AUGAUGAGUUCAUAUAUUCACGAGUAAGAUCCCCUAACAUCUUAGUUUCACCUGCAACAAAUCAUUCCUGACACGAAUACCAGACAUGCAUGCUCCGGAAUCGUCACAGUAAUUGUCAGCCCAGAAGGACGACCAUUUUUCUUCCACGAGAGUCUCCUCUGCGAAAAAUCCCCCUGGUUUCGCGCGCAGCUACACAACCAAAAGACCGAAGAGUAUAGUGCUUCUGCCAUCGAACUAUCACCCAUCGAAACCUCAUUUCGAGAUUUCCAGCAAAGUCAACGAAAGAUUAUCUAUCGAUACGAAGAUGAAGUUCAUACAUUCAAUCAAUUUUUCACCUGGAUAUACGGAUGUGUAUAUGCGAUGCCUGGUCGUGAUCCAGAAACUUAUGACACUGCUACGCAUAUCUCGGAAUGGGUAAUACUCUACGUGCUAGCUGUUGAAAUGGGAGUUAUGGAUUUGGCACAUAAAGCUCUGUGGGAGUAUGUCCACUGUAGGGAUACCCUACGAACUGGAUACUGGAUGCCUCUACCAUCGGAAAUCCAGUAUAUCUACCAUAAUCGAGCAAAUGCACAUGAUCUACGAAAUCUCAUUGUUGAAAAAGUUCGUAGCCUUCUCUUCUCAAUAAGAUUCGAUGGGAUGAAUAGACAGCUAUCCAGCCUCUGCCAUAGCCACCCCGGUUUCAACACCGAUGUAUUUGAAGAAAUCCAACGACACUCAGAGCAAGCGAGUGUAUGCAACUACGGGGACUGUUCAAUGCACGUCUCACGCUACGCAAGUCUUAGCGACUGUGCAAGUUCAGAUUCUUACUUCGAGGUUGAGUCUCCUAUUCCUCCGUCGGUAUGUUUAGAUGCUAUCUCGGAUCUUGAAUUGGAUGAUGCCGAACCUUCUUUGAUAUCAGAUAGCGGGACAGUAUCUGCGGAAGAGGAGGAUGUGUAUUCACGAGAAGAGAGGGACGAAGCGAUGGCGGAAUAUUAUGAGACUAGGGAUUUAGCUAGCUAUGUCUUUUGA